CCGGCUCCAGGAAGCCGGGCAGGGCGCGGCGGCCGGGAUGGCGCGGCGCGGGCCGCGCGGUUAGACGGGCGCCGAGGAGCCGCCGGCCCGCGCCCUCCAUUCUCUCUCGGUGCCGGGACCGCGGGGGGCAUGAGCGGCCGCGCCUCGGGGAGCUGCCUUCGCUGACUCCGGGCACCUGGACGCUCGCGAGAUGCCCAACCCCAAAAACAGCAAAGGCGGCCGCAAAAACAAGCGCGCCAACAGCAGCGGGGACGAGCAGGAAAAUGGAGCCGGGGCCCUGGCAGCAGCUGGCGCGGCGGGCGCGGCGGCCGGGGGGGCCUUGGCGGCGGUUGCCGGUUGCGGAGCGGUGGCGGCGGGCGCGCUGGGUACCGGGGGCACGACGGGCGCCGGAGGGGCAGGAGCUGGCGCUGCGAACGCCUCGGCCGCCACGGGGGCUGCUGCCGCGGGCGACGCCAAGAACGAAGCUCCUUGUGCCACACCCCUGAUCUGCAGCUUCGGGCGACCGGUUGACCUGGAGAAGGACGACUACCAGAAGGUGGUGUGUAACAACGAGCACUGUCCCUACAGCACCUGGAUGCACCUGCAGUGUUUCUAUGAGUGGGAGAGCAGCAUCCUGGUCCAGUUCAACUGCAUCGGCCGGGCACGCAGCUGGAAUGAGAAGCAGUGCCGCCAGAACAUGUGGACAAAGAAGGGCUACGACCUGGCCUUCCGCUUCUGCUCCUGCCGCUGUGGACAAGGCCACUUAAAGAAGGACACAGACUGGUACCAGGUGAAGCGGAUGCAGGACGAGAAGAAGAAGAAAUCUGGAUUGGAAAAGAACACAGGGAAGCCCCUGGCUGAGGCCGUGGAGGAGGUGAAGAAGUGCAGGCCGCAGAACAAGCCCCAAAAAGGCCUGAACCAUGAUCUCCCCCGACGGCAUUCCAUGGACCGUCAGAACUCCCAGGAAAAAGCAGUCAGUGCCGUGGCCUACGGUGCCCGCUCCCCCUGCGCCUCCCCUGGCCAGUCCCCACCCACCGGCUACUCCAUCCUCUCCCCUGCCCACUUCAGCGGUCCCCGCUCCUCGAGAUACCUUGGGGAAUUCCUAAAGAAUGCCAUACAUCUUGAGCCUCACAAAAAGGCCAUGGCUGGGGGCCACGUGUUCAGAAAUGCCCACUUUGAUUACAGUCCAGCCGGGUUAUCGGUUCACAGGGCGGGGCACUUUGACGCUCCCGUGCAGUUCCUGCGGCGGCUCGACCUCUCUGAGCUGCUCACGCACAUCCCCAGGCAUAAGCUGAACACUUUCCACGUGCGCAUGGAAGACGAUGCCCAAGUGGGCCAGGGCGAGGAUCUACGGAAGUUCAUCCUCGCGGCCCUCAGUGCCAGCCAUAGAAAUGUUGUAAACUGUGCACUGUGCCACCGAGCGCUCCCGGUGUUUGAACAGUUCCCCCUGGUGGACGGAACUCUGUUCCUAAGCCCAUCGAGACACGAUGAGAUUGAAUAUGACGUGCCUUGUCACCUUCAAGGGAGACUCAUGCACCUGUAUGCAGUGUGUGUGGACUGCCUGGAGGGGGUGCACAAGAUCAUCUGCAUCAAAUGUAAGUCCCGGUGGGAUGGCAGCUGGCACCAGCUGGGCACCAUGUACACCUAUGACAUCCUGGCCGCUUCGCCCUGCUGUCAGGCUCGCCUGAACUGUAAGCACUGCGGGAAGCCCGUGAUCGACGUGCGGAUUGGGAUGCAGUACUUCUCCGAGUACAGCAACGUCCAGCAGUGUCCACACUGUGGGAACCUGGACUACCAUUUCGUGAAGCCAUUCUCCUCCUUCAAAGUCCUUGAAGCUUAUUGAUGAAAGCUUUGCUUUAUCCUGCAAGACCAGUGCUUAAACUGCAGUCUCUGCUCCUGUGUGCAGGUCAGUAACUCCAGUCUGCUUUUCUUUUAGCCCUGGGUAACAGCCCUUGAGUAAUUUUAGAUGGAAAUUGGGGAGGAGGUGGGGCGAAAGAAAGUGCUCCCGUCCACUGUUGUGCUUCCUAUAGAAGGAUAUUGUCUAGCCCAGUUUAUCUCCAUGUACUGUUGGCUUUAUUAUUAUUCCAGGUUAUUGAAAGACGAACACCAUUAAAGCCAGCUCAAAAAUAUAUUCUUGUCAGUAAAGAUUUCUUGUCAAGAUGUCUUGGAUUGCACUUUUGUUGAGGGAAGACUGUGUAAAUAGUUAAAGAAUGUUGAUGAAAUUGAAACAUUUGGUUAUGGAAUUGUGUGUGGUGUUAGAGGGUUUCUGUUUGUGAAAUGUAUGUAUUAAAAAUAAUAAAAUUUCAGAAGCUAACAUGGUCCCCUCUCUUUAAUGUGCCACUUUUUUGUUGGGAUUCAAAGCUUUUUAAUCAGUGGGAUUAUGUGGUCAGGAAAGAUAGUAGAGGUGUUUUCUGAGGUGUCUUAUCGCUAUUCAGGUAACCCUUUCAAACUCACUUCUAAAGCUGAUAAAUGUGAACUUUUUGUGCUAUUUGAAAGUGGUGUAUUACAUGUAAACUUCUUUACAACAAAGGACACAUUCUAUAUAAAAAAGUUAAUUCCAUGUGAAUAGUCCAAAAUUACUGUUAUGGUUAUAGGGGAUUCUAUUGAAUAGAUAAUCCUGUCCUACAAAUGUUUUGUUUGGUUCCUAGACCUGUAACAAUUACAUUUUAUAAUAAAAGGACUUGAUUGUAUGCUUGUUCAUUAUAAGCAAAGCGAACACUGACUUGCAAUUUAACUUCUUGCUGACUUUAUGCACUGUGAUAUAGUUUAUCCUUCAAAUCUCUUUAUCCACUUCGUUUCAGAUAUCAUUCUAAGCCAAUAGAUUGAAAUCCACAAAAAUAUUAGAAUACAGGAUAAGAUAUGGAAACUUAGGUGAAGAAAGAAUCUUUCAUACUCAGCUAGUGGAUUCAAAACCUGCCUUACCAUUAAUUUAUUACAGACGUCUGAGGUGUAAGUUUUAUUUUAUUUAUUUUUAUGGAUUUGGAAUAUUGUGAUUUCUACCAGUGUAAUUUACGUGAAGAAAACUCCAUUGCAAUUGUUAGGAAGGUACAAAUCUUUCUGCAAACAAAAAACAAAAAACAACCAAACUGUUGCCGUCGAGUCUAUUCCAACUCAUAGUAACCCCAUAGGACAGAGUAGAAUUGCCCCAUAGGGUUUCCAAGGGAUGGCUGGUGGAUUCAAACUGCUGACCUUUUGGUAUGCAGCCAAGCUCUUACCAAAGUUAAGUCGUGAUUGAUAAGAAUUAAGUUUAAUGGAAGAAAAUUCUUCAUUGUUCUUAGUAGUUUGCACUUCUUUAAAUCUUGGUUAUAUUGUUUUGACUUAAAUUUGGCAUCAGUUAGAUUGAUAAUCACUCAGACUGUUUCUCUGGUAAGGUGUUAAAUUUUGGAAGGAAAAAAAAAGCAUGUCUUGAGCUUGUGUUCUUCUGUGCCCUACGUGGGAUAAAUCUUUGUAAAGAAUGUGAAAUCCCUUUGGAGACAAUAAAGUGCCGUACAGAUGUAAUAUUUGAAAUAAUAGUAUAUUUUAAGGCAGAUUCUUUUAGUGGCAGCUUUGAGAAUUGUGGUACUCUAUAAACUCAAUCUUGUGUUGCUAAUCUUCAGAGACAGAAAAAUAAAACGCUUUGUCUCAUGGAGUUCAGCAGAACAAGACUGAUGACAUUUUAUCAGUGCUUAAAUGGAAUUGGCCACCAUAGCACCAUUUCCUGGUGAUGGACACCAUGCCAAGUGGUUCUGAUACAUUUAAUUAAAAAUAUAGAUCAUAUUUCAAAAUCAAGUUUAUAGCUAUCUAAUUACAUUCCUAGUAAACCCAAUUACUCUAAAAGUGGCAAAGCUCUAGCCAUAGAAGUCACAGAGAUGCCAGAAUUUAGAGUAAGGGCUAUAGUUUUCAUUGUAUUCACUUAACAUUUGUUAAAUUGCUUUGACUACCAUUCAUCGUACUCAUUUUAUAGAUAAAGAAACAGAGGCCCAGAACACUUAAAUCUGAUAAGUUCAUAUAAUCAGUAGCUGAAAACUAAAUGUGGAUUCCCUUACAUAGUUCUCAAAAUGGGAUUUAGAUAAAUCCUCAGCUAACCAUGGCUUAGAGGUGGAAUAUUCAUGAAUUUUCUUUAAUUUUCCCUUCUGCUUUCUGUUACUGUUUCGUAAAAGUCACCUUUAUUUAGCAUGUUAAUUAUCCUCAGAUUUAGACAUCAGAUACCUGAACAGAUCUCUGUUACUAGCCCAUGUUAUUGGAGAAACCUUUUAGUGUAAGCCUUACCUAGAUCCUAAAUUUUAUUUUUUUGUUGUCUUGAUUUUGUGUCUACUGAUUUCUAUUGCCUUCAGAUCAUCUGUUUUUCACUUUCUGAUGCUAAGGGGGCCUAGGUGAAUGGCAGUUGUAUUCGUUGUAAAGGAAAGAAAAUGUCAGCUAAAGGCACAUACAUUUUUGCCAAAUAUGUAAAUAGGAAGAUAUCUAUUUAAUUUGUUUCAGAUAUGAGUGGAGUGUAACAUAAAAACAAAAAAGUGUCUGGACUCAAUGGAGCAAAGAGUCACUAAGAAGUAAGUGAGAGGAGUCUGUGGGUGCAGGGGUGGACAGAUGGCCUCACAGGAAAGGGCUAUGGGGUUCUCUGAACAGGGGCCAUGUCUUAGUCAUCUAGAGCUGCUAUAACAGAAAUACCACAAGUGGAUGGCUUUAACAAAGAGAAGUUUAUUCUCUCACAGUCCAGUAGACUAGAAGUCUGAAUUCAG